ACCAUGCUAGCUUCAGUCGCCAUCUUCUCUUCACAAAGCCGUACAGCUCGCAAUCUGCGUCGUGUAUAUAUCCCGUGAAAGAUACGUUUUGACACGGAAAUAAGAAAGAAUAAGCUAGCUCAAUGUGUUCAUGGACUGCUUAGUGAUCCAUGGUCCGCGUACCGGUGCGUGUCCGUUAGAUUUUCCCCGUCCGCGAAACUCAAAGAUGGGUGACGACGACGCGGCGAGGGAAGACGCCCGCCGAGAGUACCAGUCGUCGCUCGAAGACCUAACUUUCAACAGCAAGCCCCACAUCAACAUGCUGACCAUCCUGGCCGAGGAGAACCUACACUUCGCCAAGGAUAUCGUCGCAAUUAUUGAAGCACAAAUCAGCAAGGCACCAUCGUCCGAGAAGCUUCCAGUUUUGUACUUAGUGGAUUCCAUAGUGAAGAACGUUGGAGGAGAAUACCUUGCAGUGUUUGCUAAAAACCUAGUCACUUCAUUUAUAUGUGUCUUUGAAAAGGUGGAUGAGAACAUUAGAAAAAGUCUGUUCAAGUUGCGCUCGACGUGGGACGAUGUAUUCCCGUUGCCAAAGCUAUAUGCUCUGGACAUCCGGGUCAACUCUCAGGACACUGCCUGGCCAGUCAAACCUCUGCCAGCCAAACAUCUGCCAGCCAGCAUUCAUGUCAACCCAAAGUUUUUAAAGCAGGCCGAGGAUGCCGCGCCGAGGCCCAAAACGCCCCAGCCGCUGCCUGCUCCUGUGGUGGCGGCUCCAGCCCCGGCCGCCCCUGCCGUCAGCGAGGCCAGCCUGACUCAGGAGCAGCUCAUCCGGCAGCAGCUGCUGGCCAAGCAGAAACAGUUACUGGAGCUGCAGCAGAAGAAGAUUGAGCUGGAGCUCGAACAGACCAAAGCCCAGCUGGCUGGGGGGUUUGUCCUGACUCCCGCGGUUCCCCAGCCCUCUGUUCCGGCGGUUUGCAACACAGUGCCAAAGGCGACCAUCCAGCCCUCCCCCGCCGUCCGACCGUGGACCGCUCCUAACCCCGUCGAGGUCAAGCCACCCACCAGAGACCCCCGGUUAAACCGAUGCGGACCCCCCGCGUCAAAAGAACACUCGACUGUGAAUAAAGACGGCAACGGUCCGUCUCUCACGCCAGAGAAACGACAUGCGGAGAAGUCCAGCAAGGGGGAAAAGAUGAGGAUGCCUAAAAAAGGCACACCGGAGGAAAAGCCCAAGUCUCCCUCAAAGUCUCCCUCUCCGAUGCCCAAGGGCGUGCCGGGCAGGGGCAAGCACUCUGAGGCCGAUGGCCCCAAGACUCCAGAGACGGGCAAGAAGGAUCCCAGGCUGCAAAAGCGUCCGCGUGAAAAGCCCGGCGAGGACGACCAAAAAGAGAAGAAGAGAUUCGGCGAAAAGAAGGAGAAAGAGGAGAACCCGCGGGUGUUGGAUCCCACACGGUCCGCCAAGAGCAAGCUGCCAAACGGCUCCCUGAGCAAGCACGAGAUGGUCGACUCCACGGACGCGUCCGACUUCAAGAGCGGCGGCAACGCGCGCACCAACGCUAGGAAGCGCACGCGCUCCCGGUCUCGCUCCUCCUCGCCCAAGAGGAAGGACAGGAGGUCACCGAAGGGCAGGGCCAGGAGCACCUCCUCCUCCCCGAGCCCCGCACACAAAGCGUUCAAGCCGAGGAGGUCCCACACGGCGGAGGCCCUGCACGGCAAGCCUGGCCGAGAGGACCGCGCGCCGCCCAAAAAGAGCCCGUCGGACCCCAAGAGGGGCAAGAGGCCGCCGGAGGAGAGGCACAGCGAGGGCAGGGAGUCCCACUCCCCGCGGGUCCACAUGGAGGCCAAGGAGAACGCUCACCGCUCGUGGAGCGGCUGGGAGGAGAACAAACACAACCAGAAGCCUUCGGAGGAGCCUCACGGUAAGCCGGGCCCCCAGCGCCACAAGCCGUACAACAGCUCCCGGCCCCCCACGCCGCGGGCCCCCAAACACCGCCUCAGUGUGGACGCCAACAUCCAGAUACCGGAGGCCCUCAACUCGGCCAGCAAAGGAGACCUGCUCAGGAGGGCCACCAAGAGAUUCGAGAGCAAAGAGAUCAGCCACGAUGAGUUCCUCGCCGUGGCCCACCAGAUCAACCAGCUCUUCCAGUACCAGGAGGAGAAGCUGCAGCGCUCCGACUCCUGGGAGGCCCCCAAUGAGGACGUCUCCGGCCCCCACGGCCAGUUCCCCUCCAAGAAGAAGCCCCUGCUGUCCACACCCGGGUCCCCGCGGGGCCGGGCCCGCGACCCCAUGGACGACGCCGAGCUCACGUACUACGAGCACAAGUCCAAGCUGCGGCGGACCCGCGUCAACCGCCGGCCCCCCGGCGGAGACGACUGGGACGGGGACAUGGGCUCCGAGGACGGAGACUUCGAGGGGCCGAUGUUGGAGGGGGGACCCGGGACCCUGGCGCGGAAGUAUAGCCGCUCGCCCCCGAUUCGACCAGGGGAGAGACGCAGCAAAGAGCGAGACGAGCCGCUCCCUCCUCCUCCGCAGCCGCCGGCCCCCAUGAUCGAGGAGUACAACCACGGCAAGGAGUUCCCCCCGCUCAAGGCCCUGCCCGGCCUGCGCUUCAGGAGGAGAGCAGACCCCCGGGACUCCAGCGAGCGAGAGUGGAACUCCCCGCUCACCGAGCGGCAGCGGGAAGAGCACAAGAGCGGCUACGACGCCCCCGCCCGGAAGUUCGCCCCCCACCUGGACCCCCGCAGGCCUGAGCGCCUCCCCGCCUCCUCCACGGUGGUCCUCAGGAACUGCCCCAGCCCGGCGGGGGCCGAGGCACCGGCGCGGCCCCUCCCGGCUCCGGCGUUCGAGCGCGAGCGCCUCUCGCCCCUCCCCCAGGCGGAGCCGGUGGGGUCGAGCCCCGUGCCCCGCUUCGAGAGCCCCAACAGCGUGCACUCGGACGACGGGCCGCUCCUCCUGGACCCGGCCGCCGCCCACCUCCCCCGCCACCCUGCCCCUCCCCCCAGGCCCAUCCUGAAGCCCCUCCCCCCGGGUGGACCCCUCGCCGUGGCCCGCCAGCACGCCGCCUCCCCGGGACACACGCCUCCCCACGACGGGGGCUACCACGCCCCGCGGUACGACGGCCCGAUGAAGGGCCCCCCCAGGCCCCAACCCGCCGGCCCCCACCCGCCGGGGCGCUACGACGGGCCCCCUCGACCGGGUCGCUACGACGACCCCGGGCGCUACGACGAGCCCGGCUGUUACGACGGCCGCUUCGAGAGCGGGGGGCCCCUGCCGCACAACAUGGGGGAGCGGUUUGACGGACAGGGUCGCUACGACGGCCCGCCCGGCCCCCACGGCCCGAUGAGAGGAGGGGGAGGAGGGGAGGGCAUGGGCCGGUUCGACGGGCCGCCGCGUCCGCAGGGCCCCGGCCGCUUUGACGGCCCCAUGGGUCCGCACCCCCAGGGGAGGUUCGACGGGCAGGGGCCCAUGCCGCACUUUGACGGGCCGCAGAGGUUCGACGGCAUGGGACCGGGCGGCGGCGGCGGCGGCCCCGGGCCCAUGGGCUUCCAGCAGCGGCCCCAGAUGCGUUUCGACGGGCCCCAGAACCAGAUGGGCCCCAUGCGCUUCGACGGGCCCGGCCAGAUGCGCUUCGACGGGCCCGGGCCGAUGUACGACCAGGGACACCCCCGCUUCGACGGUCCGCAGAGGUUCGGCCCCCAGAUGCAGCCCCAGCUGAGGCCCGUGGGGCCCCAAGGGUGCGACAGCGCGGGCCCCCAGCAGCAGAACUUCAACAUGGCCAACCACUGCUUCCCCGACGGGCCGCAGUUCCCCGGCGGGCCGAUCCCCUUCCCGGCCCAGCAGGGCCUGCCCCAGGGCGGGGGGAACUUCAACAUGCAGCCGGGGCCCUUCAACCAGGCCGGCGGGCCCCAGUUCUACAACCCCGCGGGCCCCGCUGGCAACAUGCACCAGCCGGGGAACAUGAUGUCCGCUCAGCCCUUCCACCCCCAGACCCCAGGGCCUUUCGGCCAGCCCGGCGCCCAGUUCGGCGCCCCGGAGAGCCACUUUGGCCAGGUGGACGUCAACGACCUCCUGUCCAAACUCAUCUCCACCGGCAUCAUCGCCGGCGCCGCCCCCGUACAGCCGGAAGAUAGCAAAGCGGCUGGGAAAGAGCUUCCUCCUGUGCCUCCAGUGGCCCCAGGGCCCGAGGAGGAAGAGGAAGAUGAGCAGGAGAUCGAUGACGACGUCCCAGACCUCACCGGCUUCCUCAUCGACACCAUGAAACAGCGCUAUGAGAGCGUGGUGACGAAGCUCUUCACGGGCAUCCAGUGCUACUCCUGCGGCAUGCGCUUCACCUCCUCCCAGACGGACGUCUACGCCGACCACCUGGACUGGCACUACCGGCUGAACCGCUCGGAGAAGGACGUCAGCCGCAAGGUCACCCACCGCCGGUGGUACUACACGCUGACGGACUGGAUCGAGUUCGAGGAGAUCGCGGACCUGGAGGAGCGAGCCAAGAGCCUGUUCUUUGAGAAGGUGAACGAGGAGGUGGUCCAGAAGACCCAGGAGGCCGCCAAAGAGCACGAGUACCGGAGCGUCCGGGCCACGGCCGACGUGGUCGGAGAGUCGUGUGAGAUCUGCCAGGAGGCGUUUGAGAUGUACUGGGAGGAAGAGGAGGAGGAGUGGCACCUGAGAGACGCCCUCCGCGUGGAGGGGAAGACAUAUCAUCCUUCGUGUUUCGAGGAUUACAAGAAUACGUCCUCGUUCCUGGACACCACCCCGUCCCCCAACAAGGUUCUCACCGAGCACCCCCUCAGUGCCUUCAUAAAGACGGAGCCCGGGGAGGAAGACGAGGCUGGCACUUCCUGCGCGGUCUCGUCCGUCAAGCAGGAACCGGAGGCUGAAGGCGGCGGCGGUGAGGUUGACGAUGUGAAAGCGGAGGCUCCGACUAUGACGGAGGAUGUCACUCCGAGUGCGGUUUCGUAGGAAGUGCGUCGGGGAAGUCCUCGGUUCGACAUUACACACUGCUGCUGUUUCUCAGUCUCUCUUUUUCUUUUUUUAUAAGGAAAGAUAUUUUUUUAUUCACCGCUGAGGCUGGGCCUUCAGAUCGCCGUCAUUUGAAUACAUUUUUGUAUUUGGAUUCCACCUGUCAAAUUUCAGGUUCAAAUCUGUGAACUGCGAAGUUUAUUGUAGGAAUUUUGUUUUUUUGGGAGAAGGGGGGCUUGUGGGGGGGGGGGGGGGGGGUUCGAAAUGUAUGUACAGAAUUUUAUUUAUGAAUUAAAAUAUUUUUUUGGUAUUUGUGUUGAUGUUGAUUUCACGUUAAAUGGUAAAUGGUGGUAUUCAUGGUAAAUGAAUACACAGAAAAACUCAGAUGGACAUUUUUCCCACAUGGUGUAGUUUUGCAGAGGCAAAAUAAUAAAAAUCGCAGUCUGUAUUUUUUUUUGUGGACCACAGCUGAAAUGUAUUUAAGUAAAAAAUUAACGUCUACGUAAAAUUUAUGGUAAGAAUAUACUGCAUUGAUCUUGCAGUGGUUUAAGUUCAGUAUUGGGAUUCAGUGGUUUCUACAAUUAAACACGUUUUGUCAUGUUUAACAGUCGUAAGAUGACAGUGGAUGAUUAUUUUUUUGCAGAGGUUUGACAACUAAUUAUUUUUGGCCUGAUCCGUUUUUUCUUAUCUAAUAAAGCAAGUCUGAAAAGUAGAUCUUUGUGUGAACAGUGAUUGGUGUGGUGUUGGGUUUUCCUUGUUAGCUAUGCUAUAGUCAAUAAAGGUUUGAUGUAUUAAA